GCUCCCGGCCUCCCGCCCGAGCUUAGCGCUCUGGACGUUGCUUAUUGCGGAAGUCCCCUGGAUUCCUUCCUCCCGUUUUCUGCCUUCACCGCCUUCUCAAAGUGUUUUCAGGGCUGUAGUUGAAAACCAAUGAAAUAAUCGAGUGACCAGUCCGAGGAGAUUAGGAAGGAUGUUUGCGCUCCUGCAUCGCAGGGACUGAGCGAGGAGGUCAGGCCUGCAUGUAGCUGCUGCGCAGGUGCGAUCUGAAUCACCCUGUGAAGGAUCCUGAAUUAAACUCCUGGUCUGAAUCAUCCCAGGGAAUGGGCAAAGCGACUUUGAUUGGCCCAUGGAGCCCAUAUCACUUCCAGACCCACAGUUUCCUUCAGAAAAUAGCUCAUCUGUGCCACAGAAAAAAUACCAUAUCCUGGUGGGUGUGACUGGAAGCGUGGCUGCCCUGAAACUGCCUCUCCUCAUCUCUCAAUUGCUGGAAAUCCCUGGGCUUGAAGUGAAGGUGGUCACUACUGAGAGAGCAAAGCAUUUCUACAAUGCCCAGGAGAUUCCUGUCGCCCUCUACAGUGAUGCAGAUGAGUGGCAGCUGUGGAAAGGCCGUUCGGACCCGGUCCUGCACAUCGACCUCAGGCGGUGGGCUGACCUCAUGUUGGUGGCCCCUCUUGAUGCAAACACGCUGGCAAAGAUAGCGAAUGGCAUCUGUGACAACCUGCUGACCUGUGUAAUCCGCGCUUGGGAUCUGAGCAAACCUCUGCUUUUCUGCCCAGCUAUGAACACAGCCAUGUGGGAACAUCCCAUCACAGCUCAGCAGGUGGAGCAGCUGAAGGGCUUUGGCUACACCGAGAUCCCCUGUGUGGUGAAGAAGCUGGUGUGUGGAGAUGAAGGUCGAGGUGCCAUGGCAGAAGUGUGGACCAUUGUGGAGAAGGUGAAAAGGAUCCUUGCAGAACGGGUCUUGCCAAUGCAGAGCUGAUUGCUAGGCAUAUGAAUUGCAUUUGUUUCCCUCCCCGACGGUUUGAAGAUGAAACCAACAGGAAGCUGAGUUGAGAUGGCAUGCGUCCCUGUAGCAAGCUCUUCAACCGGAGGAGCGAGACGGUUGUGUUCCAGCUGGGGCAGAACUGAAAUGUGGUACAUCGCGGCAGCCUUUCAGAAACUGAAGCCAAGAGCAUGUAUCUUUACUGUGGGAAAACUUUGUGGUAUCUUACAGAGAGGGAGUAACGUUCCACUAGGCUAGUCAACCCCAAGUAUUUCACGUGCGAUCCCUUCUUUGGAGGUUGCAGGAGGACUUGCCAGUGUGUUCCAGAUCGAGCAGUUCUCCCAAGGGGAGCUAGAGAGGAGAUGGUGUGAAAGUGCUGGUGAUGGGAAUAGUACCAGCCCCUUCCAGCCCAUCAUUAUGGGGAUGGUGAAAGAUCACUGGUCUUCAAAGCGUGAUCUGUAGCUGUGCUGGCUUUACCUUUCCAGCAGGAGCCACUAUCCAAAAAAAGCAUUUUCUCUCUGGGUACUUAAUAAAAGAGAGCUUUUAAUUCUGCUACUGAA